AUGAGCGACAGGAAUUCAAAUCUUGCCCAGCGCCUGGAUGCAACUGCCUUACACACACAACAAGCACUUCACUCCAAUCACUCAUUGGAAACUUGUGAUCCGAAUCGCUCUAAUGAAUUACCGUUUGCAUCUCACGAUCAUUCGUUGCACUAUCGGAGGUCGACAGAAUGUUUCCCUGAUCCUCGGACACAGUCACACGACUCGGUAGAUCCACCGCCGCAACCGCCUGUUCCACCGACAUCAUCCGCGCGUGCCGUAGGUCAUUUCCCGCAACAUUCGGAUCUCGCGUCUUUUCACCACCAUCGUCAUCCGCAUCCUCACUAUCUUCAUGGAAGCAUAGUGUCUGACGGAACAACUGGGGUCGUGCCCGUAGUAAACUACGAUGUGCAUAUGUCGGUUCCACCGCGUGGCAGACCACCGACGUGUUGCACCUCGGUUGAUCGUCUGCAACCUGCACAACUCCAAUCGCAACCUCAACUUCAGUUGCAGCAGCAGCAACAACAACAGCAAUACUAUUCCAAAAUGAAUUGUCCUCCGUUCGAACAGAAUAUGUAUCGCUCCACCAACUACCCCCGUCCAUUGGGUCCAAUGGCACCAUCAGUUCAGUCGGGAGUGGAACCUUCCGGCAUACCGCCACAGAGUAUGAAUGCCUAUACCACUCCGACACAGCAAAACGUAGAACACCGCCAUAGUUUUGUUCCAUGUGACCCGAACGCGUUAAUUGAGUCAGGUACAACUGGAUCUGUGUUGUCUUCCGAACAAGCGGUUGAUGUAGAAAUGAAAUCAGUGACUCACGGGACCCCGUUCUCGUCCAACCGAACCGGUGCGUAUCCCUCUUAUUCGGACGCGCCGAAUUCGAUUUCCUCCAGUCAAAAUCCGCAUCCGUCAUCGAAUGUACGCUACGCAUGGUCAUCCGGAUAUUCCGCUCCCACUUACACAAAUUACCAUCAAACGCAACAACAGCAAGCGAUGAUGCAUCAGACACAACAGUCGUACAAAGUCUACUAUAACGGACCGUCAUAUGAUCAGAUGCCACCCGCUAGUAACGGGAUGGUGUAUCCAAUAGAUCCGUAUGGAUCACACCAAGGCUAUCCGCGGCAGAUGAGCACAGCUGCCUGUGAUCAACACAUGUAUGUGCAACAACAACAACAAUCACACACACAACCGCAGCUCAUGCACAGCCCAACAGUAACGUCCUCAUACGUCCAGUUUGGUCAACCUGUUACGGCUCCGUCCAUGGAUUCAUUCUCAUCAAUAGAUUAUCCACAUCCAGGUCAACGCGUUCAGACGUUGUCACAUCCCAAUCUGCGGUCAUCCGGCGCGGCUCCGUUGCAGACUAAUGGGAGUGCAGCAUCCCGACAUCCGGUGCCACAGUCCCAUCUGCCUGUCGCUCCGUACGCAAGUAUGGAUCGUAGAGUACCGGAUAUAGGGUCAACCGAGGUCUAUCCGAAUACCGCUAGCGGCGACGUGAAUCCCAUAUGGCCAUCCGCAGAUACAUGCUCCUCAUCAUCCUCAGCCUACAUGUCGGAAUCCGCAUCUGUUGCACUGCCUACCUCUCAAGUUAUUCGAACUGGAUUCAAAGGCCACAUGGGUUCCUUGCAGUCAAACGUCUCGGGGUUGCAUCCAACGGAUCCAACUCAUUGCCUACCGGCAAACUCCGCGGCUGUCGGUGGCAAUUACGCAACAGACUAUGUCCAAACUGGUCGCUCAAUGGCUGAAUCAGAUCAAAACCGAACGGCAGCGUCAUGUCCCACGGGCGCGAAUGUACCCACAUUACCGAACGCCUCAUCCACGUCGUUCCUAGUUCGGCCGAUGGGCCCCCACGUAACUCCAGUCCCAGUGCCUAACCAUCACCAUCAACAGCAGUCACAACAACAAGUACAGCAGCAGCCCCUGGGACAACACCAGCAGCAUCCUUCCGUUCACGUUCCAAAUCAGGCUGUGGAGGUUUUCGAUAAUACUGUCUCAGCUUGUCCUGUUGUGGCCAGUCGAUGA